AUGCUUGAGGCCGCUCGCAAGGCACCACAAGAAAACUCGGCUUUGAUCGAGGGUGGUUUGGAACGUCUGUACCUGCUGAAACCCCAUGAGACUAUGGGAGCAUUCGGCUUGACCGUAGAUCCGAAGAUGACCGUCGUGCCGGCGCGCAUCCUUCCACCACCCAGCAUUACCUAUGCCAAUGGUCAGUUUCUAAGCGCCAAAGAUGGUGCUUGGAAUAUCCUCGCCUCAAAGUUUCAACGUGGGGCGCAUAUUGCUCAUUGGGCCGUAAUGGUUGUGAAGGAUCCAAGCAGGUUUCCACCAUGGAAGACGGACAGUGACCCGAACCUAACUAACUUUCUUCAGCGAUUGAAGCAAAAAUGUAUCUCUACUGGGAUGUCGAUUGCGGAUGGAGUCCCAACGGUUGUCGAAACCCCAGUUCUCCAGAAAUUCGACAAGAAGAAGGAUUCGUCCCGAACUGUAGCUCUCGAUGAGAUUAUAAACGUCAUGGAGAAGUUAGUUGGUGCCAACCCCCGACCGUUUUUCAUCCUUGUUCUGCUGAGCCACCAGGACCACUUUAUCUAUCCUGGGAUCAAAAGGAUCGGAGAUGUCGAACUCGGAAUCCAUACCGUGUAUCCAAACCCAAAACGCGAAGAUCAAUACUUUUCCAACGUAGCGCUCAAACUGAACACGAAGCUAGGCGGCAUUAAUCAUAAGCCGGAUCUGGAUAGUAUGCGAUGGUUAGUGGAGAAGAGAACGAUGGUUGUCGGGGCGGAUGUCACACAUCCCAGCCCUCCCAGUAUUGAUGGGACGCCGUCAUUGGCGGCAGUAGUCGCAAGUUUCGACUCCAAUUCUGCACAAUUUUGGGUCAGCAUGCGCUUACAAGACACCAAGGAAGAGAUGAUCGCCGACUUCAAGGACAUGAUGGUAGAGCGUCUAAGCGUAUAUGGGCAAAAGAAAGAAGGCGUUUUACCAGAGCGCGUUCUUCUCUUGAGGGAUGGGGUUUCUGAAGGACAAUUCGAUCUCGUUAUUUCGAAAGAGUUUCCAUUGAUUCAAGCGGCGUUUGAUGAACUCUAUGUAGGCGACAGCAUCCGACCGAAGCUCUUAAUCUGCAUUUGUGGAAAGCGGCACCACGCGCGCUUCUACCCCACCAACGCCAACAAGACACCGAAUGGAAACACGAAACCGGGUACAGUCACCGACAAAGGUGUCGGCGAUAUCUAUCGUUUUGAUUUCUUCCUACAAGCUCAUUUUGGAAUUGAAGGAACCGUCAAAGCGACGCAUUACACAGUGGUGUAUGACGAGAUUGGCCUUGAUGCCGAUGUCCUGCAGCAAGGGACUCACACCGCGAGCUACUCAUACGUGAGAGCAACCAGAGACACCAGUCUCUGUCCCGCUGCAUACUACAGCGAUCUCGCUUGCGAGCGUGGUCGUCUAUAUUUCAAUGAGUUUUACAAUCCCGGCGUAGAGAGGGUGGGUGGUGCUAUAGGAAGCAAAGAGACAGAGAUGAGCUAA